UCAGGGCAUGUGGGGGGGGUUGGGGAGCCCCCAAGGAAGUCAGGGUGUACGGGAGUCUCAGGACCCUCAGGCAGUGGUGACAGCUUGGCAGCCAGGGCCCUCUCUGCCCCGCCUCAUGCCGGCGGGGGCCGCGCCAGGCACCCCGAGAUGAAGAGAGCCGGGGCGCUGCGGCAGGUCUCCGACUUCAGCGACUUCGUGAGUGGGCGACGCCUGCGGGAGCUGCUGAGCCAGCGUGGGCCGGGCGAGGCACCCCGCCACGUCCAAACCAGCCCGGAUGGGCAGCACCUCCUGCUGCUCCUGCGCGGUCGGCCGGUGCUCCAGCCGCAGGUGCUCGCCUUCCAGCGCCUGGGCACCGGCGCAGGGGACCUGGAGAGGAGCUGGCAGCCGCCCCAGCCCCCCAUCACGGGGCUGCUCUUCCUGCAGAGCCCCGCAGCGCUGACCUCCUGGGUGCUGGCCGUCGUCUGGGAGCAGGGCAGGACAGAGGUCUGGGGGUUCGUGCCAGCGCUGGGCUGGCAGCUGCAGCAGACCCUGGAGCUGUGCCAUGGGGCCCGGGCUCGCAUCGUUUCCAUCUGCAGCCAGGGAAGCAGCCUGGUCUGGUGUGAGGAGAGGCCCCCCUCGGACGCUCAUCUGGACCCAGGCAGGGGGGCCUUCAGGUACUGCAUCUGCACCAGGGCUCUGGAGGUGGGGGAGCAGGGGGCGCACCUGGGCGCCAUGAGGAUAGUGGUGCACAAUAGCCCCCAGUACCAAGUCCUGGCCUCACCCCAGCACGUCUUCCUGGUGCCCACCGGUGCCACCUUUGCCAGCGUCUCCACGUUCCUGCUUAUCUGGUGCCCCCGGGAGGCUAAAGUCACCAUUGUGGCCCCAUCUGGCAGGUUCGUCCACAGUGAAGUCCUGCACUCCAGUGACUUCAAGAAGCUCGUGUUUGGGUCCGUGGGUCUCCUGCUGCCUGUGGCCCCUCUGGACAUUCAUACUUGUGCCCUGUCCAGCUGCGGGGGGCUUCUGGUGCUCAGCACACAAGGCACGGUGCAUCUGGUUCAGCCAGACGGGACCUGGAGACACGUCUAUGAUCUGGGGGGCAGCGGCCUGGCCCAAGGAGACCCCGUGCCGCUGAAGGCCUUUGGCAGCACCCUGACCUGUGUGCUGGCGGGGGUCUUGUAUCUCAUUGACUUGACCAGUGGGAGGCUGAUUGAGAAAAAACUCCUGAGCACCCGAGAGGUGCAUUUCCUGGAGUCCCCAAGCAGGGAGGAGGAGAUCCAGCUCCUCACCCCAACCGGUAUCUAUUGCUUCGGCUUCUCCAGCCCGGAGGAGGGCGGCAGGCCUGAGCCCACCCUGGUGGAGAUGGUCUUUGAGGAAGCCUGCAAGUACUACCAAAGGCGGAGCCUCAGCAGCUCCCAGUUGACGGUGGAGAAGCUGAAGAAGGGGGACAUGUUCCAGGCCCCCAUUGCUCUCUCCUCCAUCCUGCAGCACAGCCUCCCCCGUAAGGAGAGGGCAGCCAAAGGCCUCCCGGAGACCUACGCCAAACUGCUGAGCACGCUGAGCACGGAUCUCCAGAGCUAUCUGAGCCUGGAGCUUCUCAAGUCCUGCCUCGUGGGCGCUUCGGAGAGCGAAGUCGACAGGUGCUGCGAGGAGCUGGUGGAGCAGGAGGUCAGCCGCCUCCUGCGCUUGGACUUGGACAGGGAGAACCUGGCCUAUCUGAACGCUGUCUUCAAUUCCUUCCCCAAGGCCUCCUGGAAAGCCAUCCGUAGCAGCCUGCAGCUGCAGCAGAAUGGAGAUGGGCUCUUGGUGGCCAGGGCCACCUCAGACCUCUGGAAGAAGGUCUUGGGGGGGCCAGUCCCGAACUGGUCCCAGCCGGAGGAGAUGGGCCUCAACGGGGUGGUCCCGCUCUUCGAGCUCAUCUGCGGCUCCCUGCACCGGUUCAAACCCAAGUGGCUGCCCAGCUUUGUGGAGCUGACCCAGCAAUACGUUGGGGCCUCCUGGACGUACAGCACCAAAGAGGGCCCCGAGGGCGGGGUGCCCCUCUACAAGAGAGCACUGGCCGUUCUCGACAGGCAGCGCCUCCGCACGGCCAGCGACCGCGAGCUGGAGAUCGAGCUGCUGCUGUGCAGCGCGCGGCCCAAAGCCGUCCUGCAAGCCGUGCAGCUGCUCAUCCGCCUCCGCCGGUGGCAGCGGGUGGUGGAGGCGGCCGAGAAGUUUUCCAAGCUCAGCCCGCUGCUCAACAAGGAGAUCUUCACCACCCUCCUGGCGCAGUUUGCCCAGCACAGGGACCUGGACCCGUACCUGGCCGCCCUGUGGGAGCUGUGCCCUGCAGACCUGACCGUCUCGGACAUUCUCAGCAUCGUCCUGCAGCACCUCCCCAGCUCGGAGGGCGACCCUGCUCCCUUCUGUGCCGGGGGGGCCCCGCUGACCCUGGCCUUGCUGAAGCCGCUGUUGCACAAGGUGGCGCAGCGCCAGUGCACUCAGGACGAACUCUAUGCCGACAACUUGCAGGGCCCUCCCUUCCCACCGCCUGCCCCGCCGAGACAGCACAGGGCUGGCCCCAAGGCAGCCCCAGAAAUGCUGCAGCCGGCGGGAGCGUGCAGGACUCCUUUCCCGGGCUGUAACCUGAGCGACGCUGUAUGAAAAGCCGUGUGUACAGAAUGGGAGCGAAAACCUAGCGAGCGGGGGUAGGGGCAGCAAACGCCAGCCCCCCCCCCCCACUUCCAAAGGCAGAGACCAACUCUAGUUACACCUUCCUGCCUCAAACAACCUCCUGAGGGAGUGCACGGUGCAUGAGUCAGCGGGGGGAGGAUCACUGGGGUGACUGGGGGGGGUUUACAGCUGAGGCAUUUCCCCAGCGAAGGAGCGGUGUGUGAGAGCAAGAGAGAGCACUGACUGCACGGGAGAGCCCCCUCUCCUGGCCUUUGAGCUAAACGCUGGCUUCCCGCCCUCUAGAAAUGGAGCCUGGGGGAUAAAGUACAAAGUCUUAACCCAAAUUCCCGUUUCGUUUGUCCUGUGACUUGCCCACGGCCAGGCUGUUUAGGACCAGGCACGCCCCUUCGCAGCACGGGAUCACGGGGGAUGAACCUGCUCACGCGGGCACUGCUGGCCUGGACCCAGUCUCUAAAACCUCCCCACUGGGGCUAUGUCCUGCUCCUGGGACCUCUGCCUGGGCCUCCAAGGAUGGAGGUGUCCCUGAGCCGUCUGUUUACCACCUUGCUAGUUUGUCCCUCCCCCAUGGGAUCAGCUGCCCUGGGUGGGGGAAUGGCCGAUCCCCUUAUGAAACCACAGCAAAGGAGCGAGCUCCGUCUGCAUCCCAGCCUGGCCUAAAACCGACCGUGCGAGCGCUGCCCUGCUCGGGCUUAGGCCUGGGGCCGGCAGCUUGGCCCCGGCUGUCCCCUUCCUGUUGUGUCUGUCGCGCAGGAGGCAAACUUAGACCUGGCCUGUCCUUUUCUGUUCCCAGCCCUUCUACCUUUGCCCUGGGCUCUAACCUUAUCUCAGCCUUCUGAGAAACAAAAGAUGCCGUGUCCGGGCUGUCUGGUCCUUCCCCGGCCUGCCCCCCUCUCCUUUGCUGGCUAAGUCAGGGUACAGGGGUCUGGUCCCGCUCCUGCCCAGGUUCCUUCUCUCCCGGGGGGAUGCCAGACACUGGUAGGCUCGGGGCACGGCUGGCUGGAGGGGUGAGUGACUGGAGACCUGGCCGCGCUCACAGCCCCUGUUUGAGGCUGGGCUGGGGGAAGCGCGUCUGGUUUGCUCCUCCCCAGGGGGGUUGUUUUUUAAGUGUGUGAGGAAACAUUUUAAAGAAACCUAAACUGCCCGAGGGUUCGUUUUAAACGUGAAGGGUCCUGGGGCGGUGCUUGGUUUAACGGCAGCUGAGCGUGGCCGUGCACCUAUUUAAGCGGGGAGAGGGGGCCUGGCUCUCUGGGUGCGGAGCCCCGGGGGCUCCCACGUGCUCCAGCUGGGGUCGGCCGCGCUCAGCCCUGCUGACUGACUGCACAGGCUGGGAGCAUGCACAAGGGUUUGUGUGGGUCAGCGUGAGGUGGGGGCUGCCGGCCGGCCGGUUUCUGGAGGAGGGAGGCAUGGGGAGCUGGCUGGAGCAAACGCCUCCAGCCCAGAUCCCCACCGGUGGCGCUGUCCGCGCUCUGGGCACCCCAGGUAACCGCCGGCAGCUUGUCGGGCGCUAGCCCUUGGCCAGGGAGGAGUUUUCCUGAGGGCUGCAUGUGUCCCACCAGCAGGCACAAGGAGGGCACUGGAUGGUGCUUCAGCCAGUCUCCACCCCCCAGGGCCCAGCUGCAGUGGGUCAGGGCAGGCAAGGGGCAGAGCCUGUGCUGCAUCAGCUGCUCCCUCUCCUGGCUCGCUCGCCCCACUGCUCUCCUGUGCCUUCCUCUGGGCUCUGCCCCCUCCCUUCCAGCAGGGCCUUGCCCCCGGAGCUCCUGCCACCCAACAGCCAGAAAUCGAGUCGACUCGACAAAGGCUCUGAGCCGCCUCUCCCUUCCACUGGGGGGAGGGGGUCGCUGCGGCCAGCUCCACCCCAGACGGAGCCGGGAGGUCGCACGGGUCGGGUGCAAUCAGCUAGAUUCCAGUGCUGGGCUCCCUGGGGUUGCCGGGUCUAGGGGCAGCCCCUGCAGGCUGUCAGCUGUGCUCAGGCGUUGGGCUGGCAGGGGGCUAUUUAUAGGUCGUGGGGAGGGGAGGUGUCUUUGUGACUGCCCGUCCCCCUCUGUGCAGGGGUCUAGCACAGAGCCCGUCUGUGGGGCAGCCCCCUAAGCUGUAGAGCUGCCUGCGGGUCCCUGGUCCCGUCUGCGGUAAAGCUCAGGAGUGGGAGGUGGGUGCUUUGGGGCUUGUCUCCACCAGAGCCCUUCACCUUGACUUACCUGAUCCCAUGGGUGAGCCCAUUAAACCAAGGGCUCAAGCCGUAGUGUAGACGGCUCUCUGGGGUGGAGGAGGCAGUGCGGGGCCUGGCAGCCGUGUGACUUCCAAAACAGAGAGGAGCUGUACCUGCCAAGCCCCUUCUGCCCCCAUUACUGUGCCUUACGCCCCAGGCCCUGGAGCACGAAGGGGCUUUGCUACCUCGGGCAGCUGCUGGGCCGGCGACUGCAGCCGCUCCCUGGCCGAGUGAAGCUGGUGGUGUAAGGGGUGGGGGGUCGGGGAAGGGGCUGCUCCGGGGACCAGCUCAGCUCCCUGCCUACCCAGCUGCCGCUGCGGGGCGGCCAGCAGGCCCUCCCUCUGCUAGAUUUCCAGCAAGUGUCAUUAAACCGCCGCUGGCAAACAUCGCUCUCCGGCGAGAGAAAAGAGUUUGAGGCUGAAUUGGGCGGAUCUGUUUGCACAAGGGAGGAGUCUUAAUGCAAUUGUUGGCUUUGCAUGCCACUGUCCAGUUGCUGUUGUCCUGUAUGCAAUAUUAAAAGGUGUUUAACGAG